AUGAAGACCAAGUUCUGCAGCGGCGCCGAGGCGGAGGCGGCGGCGGCGCUCGGGCUGCUGCUGAGCCCGGCCGCCCCGGGCCGCGACGCCGCCAGCGACCUGGUGGCCGAGCCCAAGGCGCGGCCCGGCCGGCCGCCCCCGCCGCCCCCCGCGCCCGCCGCGCCCGCGCCCGCGCCCGCGCCCGCCGAGCCGCCCGAGCCCCGCACGCGCCGCAGGGCCUACCUGUGGUGCAAGGAGUUCCUGCCCGGCGCCUGGCGCGGCCUGCGCGAGGACCAGUUCCGCAUCAGCGUGGUCAGAGGUGGCCUCAGUAACAUGCUGUUCCAGUGCUCCUUCCCCGACACUCUGGCCACAGUUGGUGACGAGCCACGCACAGUGCUCCUGCGCCUGUAUGGGGCCAUAUUGAAGAUGCGGUCCUGUAAUAAGGAGGGAUCCGAACAAGCUCAGAAAGAAACUGAAUUUCAAGGCGCUGAAGCAAUGGUGCUGGAGAGCGUGAUGUUCGCCAUCCUUGCUGAGAGGUCGCUGGGACCCAAGCUCUAUGGUAUCUUUCCCCAGGGCCGCCUGGAGCAGUUCAUACCGAGCCGGCGGUUAGACACAGAAGAAUUAAGUUUGCCAGGUAUUUCUGCAGAAAUAGCUGAGAAAAUGGCCACAUUUCAUGGCAUGAAAAUGCCCUUCAAUAAGGAACCAAAAUGGCUGUUUGGAACCAUGGAGAAGUAUCUGAACCAAGUACUGAGAAUUAAAUUUACUGGAGAAGCCAGAGUCAAACAGUUCCACACACUUCUCAGCUACAAUCUGCCUCAGGAACUGGAAAACCUGAGGGCCCUGCUCACAUCGACCCCAUCUCCCGUUGUGUUCUGUCACAAUGACUGUCAAGAAGGUAAUAUCUUGCUGCUGGACAGCAGAGAGGAUGGGGAGAAGCAGAAACUGAUGCUCAUCGACUUCGAGUACAGCAGCUAUAACUACAGGGGCUUCGACAUUGGGAACCAUUUCUGCGAAUGGAUGUAUGACUACAGCUACGAGAAGUUCCCUUUCUUCCGAGCCAGCAGGCACCACUACCCCACCCGGGAGCAGCAGCUCCAUUUUAUUUCCAGUUACUUGGCGGCAUUCCAGAGUGACUUUAAGGCCCUCAAUGAUGCAGAAAAAUCCAGCAUAAAAGAAGACAUGUUGGUGGAAGUCAAUAGGUUUGCCCUGGCAUCCCACUUCUUCUGGGGACUAUGGUCCAUUGUGCAGGCCAAGAUCUCAUCCAUUGAAUUUGGGUACAUGGACUACGCCCAGGCCCGCUUUGAUGCCUAUUUCGAGCAGAAGAGGAAGCUGGGAGUAUGACGCUCGGCCCAGGAUCCCUCCACGGCACCCCAGUGCGGCAUGGGCGCCCCCGGCCGGGGUCCCCGCGCCCCUAUUCCCGGGCCCGCAGGCAGCAGGACGGCCCGGAGCAUCACUACUGAGCACAGAUGUGUAUGAUACGACAGACUGUAUUAAAGCCGAGUAACAUUUCUUUCAUAAUCUCGUUUACAAUUUCACUAGGACUGACAUGAGGUCAGGAAGCAGAAAUAGAGCGACUUUAGUGCAAUAGCCCUGACCCCGUAGGCCAGAAGGCUGGCUGCCCGGUGGGCAAGCAGACGGGCAGCUGGCAAUGAGCAGGCAGUGGGCUGGAGGGAACAUUGUUACUUUAGGUUCCAGUUGCUUUUCCAGGGACUUGUGCUGCCUGCAGGUGGCGCUGGGCCCAACCCCAGUCCCCAUGCUGCUUCCGCCCCUGCUAGGGGCCAGCUGCUCUGCGGAAGGCUGGAGGCUGGAAGCGUACUGUGCUUGCCCUCACCUCGGCUCAGCCUGGAGUCCCCCUACCCAGUCCCCCAUUAAGACCCGGGGAUACAGCAGCCAGGUGGGUGUAGCCCGAGUGUACCAGAGAUCUGUGUUAAUGUCUGGGUCGAUUUUUUUCCCCUCUGAAUCCCUCUCUGGGUGGUCUUCUGUGCGUUCACUAAUGUGGCCAGACUGUACGAUAGAGACAACAAUAAAGAACUGGAACCUGCCUACU